UCCCGUUAGAAUCGGAUAUCAUUUCAGUUUGUUUUAAUGUGAGACCGCAGCCAGACGUUUAAAAGUUGCGUUUAAGCCAUCGUUAUCAGUGCUCGGUAUGUCAAAUGUCGUGUUUGAUUUAAGCCCAGACUCUUUAUCAGCAUUUGAUAGAGCCACCCCCCCCCCCCGGACGCAAUUUUUUAAUCUAAAUGAUUCACCAUUAGAGAAAAUAAGAAAGGAGGACUGAUCAAAAGCAAACUGGAACUACUGAAAGGGUGCUAACCCAAAAACAGGAAUAGAACUACGUGCAAGAAGCAGAAAACCCUCUUGAUAAACAAAAGUCUCGUCUUUCUCGACGUUCAGUCUAAACAGAAAACUACAGGCCUACUGCCCUCAAUAGAGCACCGUGUGGCAUACCGAACAAGUUACGUACUAGAUUUCACCGACAAUCAUGGCGGACAGCAUCAAACUGCUCACGGACGAGCAGAGAGCCAUUCUCAACGAGUUUAGGGAAAAGGUUGGCGAUUGUCAACUUGUCGACUCUAGCGACGCGUUCCUCAUUAAAUGGCUCGUUGCGCGAAAUUACAAAGUGGAUCAAGCGGAAAAAAUGCUCCGACAAUCGCUGGAGUGGCGGCGGUUGAACCGAGUCAACGAAAUCCUCCAAACGUGGACGCCACCCCAAGUGAUUGAGAAAUACUAUUCCAUCGGUCAGACUGGCUACGACAAAUUCGGCUGCCCUCUUUGGAUCAGCGCCCAAGGGCCGAUCGACAUUCGCGGCAUUAUGCAAUCGACGACGAAAAAGGAAUUGAUGCGCUUCAUGAUUUACAUCAUGGAGAAGAACGCGCUCAACAUGCGACAGAACCCGGAGCGUUGCUUAAGUCAGAGCAUCUGCGUCGUCGCCGACAUGGAACAUUUGUCAAUGUGGCAAAUGGCUUACAGGCCAGUUUCGCAGAUCAGGAACGAAAUGGUCAGCAUUUACGAGGCUAAUUAUCCGGAAAACCUUCGACGCAUUUUCAUCAUCAACGCUCCUAAAUUAUUCACCGUCAUCUACAACAUGAUGAGGCCGUUCAUGAAUCAAGUGACGAUCGACAAAAUCUGCGUCUACGGAUUUGACAAGGACGAGUGGCAAUCGGCUUUGCUCAAAGACAUCGAGGCCGACCAACUGCCGGCCCAUUACGGCGGAACCAUGACCGAUCCUGCGACAGGAGAUCCCAAAUGUCCACACAAGUUGAACAUGGGAGGAGAAGUGCCACAUUCUUAUUACGUCAGUAAUAGCAAACCAGUGCCAAAGGAAGGGAUGCAGUCGCUGGAAAUCGGAAGCGGAAGUAGGAAAAACCUGGAAUUUGAGAUCGGCACCACUAAUUCGGUGCUCAGAUGGGAAUUUAUGACGGAAGGAGGCGACAUCGGAUUCAGGAUUUACCACGUCGCCGGAAGUAAACAAGACAUUGUCGAGGUAGUUCCCGUGAGCAGGAUCGAGAGUCAUUUGGUCAUGGAAGAAGGCGAAAUCAUUUGUGAUUACAUCGGCAAAUAUGUGGUCGAGUUUGAAAACAGUUUCAGCUUCUUCAAGUCGAAAAAAGUCUAUUACAACGUCGAAUUAGCAGUCAAAUAAAGCUUGAAUUGUGGGACUUUUGAAUGAUUUUAAUGUUAAAUGUGUAUGAGAAAUAAAAUCCUAUACGAAUGUUA